AUGUACGAUAACGAAGAACCAAAUAUGGAUCAUAGCGCCAGAUCAACCAUCGAUGAUGGUAGAGACAGUUUCCGCCCCUUACACUCGCCAGUUGAUGAUAGUACACAUACGACAGAGGCGGAAAAAGAAGCGCAUGAAUACAUAUCUGGACCGAAGCUCUGGCUCGUCACAGCUGCCGUGACCCUGGUGAUGUUCUUGACGUUGCUUGACACCACCAUCAUCGUAACGGCUAUUCCUCGAAUCACGACCGAUUUUAGUUCCUUGUCUGAUGUCGGAUGGUAUGGUAGUGCAUAUCUUAUAGCAAGCUGUGCUCUGCAGCCAUUGACCGGGAAGAUGUACAGCCAAUUUAGCUUAAAGUACACCUUUCUUGCCUUCCUCGUCCUAUUCGAAGUCGGUUCUGCUAUUUGUGGCGCCGCGCAGUCGUCGAAGAUGUUGAUCAUUGGACGCGCAGUUGCUGGGCUGGGUGGAUCAGGACUGAGAAACGGGGCACUCAACAUUAUCACGGAGUCUAUUCCUUUGUCAAAGCGACCACCAUACUUUGGAGUCAUGAUGGGUCUUUCCCUAUGCGGUGCUGCGGUAGGACCUUUACUUGGAGGUGUGUUCACCAAAUAUGUUAGCUGGCGAUGGUGUUUCUACAUUAAUCUACCCGUCGGUGCUGCGGCCGCCAUCCUGCUUUUAGCGAUCAGAAUACCCGACGCCAAAGAGAAUAAGCCAAAAUAUUUGAGUGCUAUCUCUGCUCUAUUAACCCUUGACCUCGUCGGGUUCUUCUUGUUUGCACCUUGUGCCGUUAUGUUUCUCAUGGCUCUCGAAUGGGGAGGAUCAAAGUAUGCAUGGAGCAGCGCUACAAUCAUCGGUCUAUUCUGCGGCGCAGGUGGUAUGUUGAUCGUAUUUCUAGGUUGGGAAUAUCGUGUCGGUGACGAGGCGAUGAUUCCCCUCAGUAUGGUGAGAAGACGAGCCGUCUGGUCCUCAUGUCUAGUCAUCUGGUUCUUCUUCGGAGCAAUGAUGGUGUACUCAUACUAUCUACCCAUAUACUUUCAGGCUGUGAAGGGUACAUCACCACUGGCGAGUGGUGUAGAUGUCCUCCCCUUAAUCAUCAGCCAAAUGAUUGCAUCGAUUCUUGCAGGUAGCUUAGUCGGGAAAGUAGGAUACUAUAUGCCUUUCAGUAUUGCAAGUGGCAUUUUGAUGGUUAUUUCAGCUGGAUUGAUUUCAUCUUUCAAAGUAGAUACCUCGACUGGGAAGUGGAUCGGUUAUCAAAUUAUUGGAGGCUUGGGCCAAGGCCUUGGAAUGCAGAUGCCCUACAUUGCCAUUCAAAACACAAUCCCACAAGAGCAUAAUGCAGUCGCACUCGCACUCAUCGUUUUCAUGCAGAAUCUAGGAGGAGCGAUAUUCCUGGCCCUUGCACAGACAAUAUUUACCACGGAUCUACGCGGUGGGUUGGCAAAGUUUGCCCCAACAGUAGAUGCCGAAACGGUAGAGGCAGCUGGUGCUACAGGUUUCAGAGCUGUGGUAGAUCCGGUGGAAGUUAUUGGAGUUCUGAAGGCAUAUAACUCAGCUAUAACCAAAAACUUCUUUUUAGCUGUCAGUUGUGCAGGAGCAACCCUUCUCUGCUGCUGGGGAAUGGGUUGGGUGAAGAUCAAGAAGAUAGAGGAGAAGCCUGAGUCUAGAGAAAUGACUAGUAACUGA